AUGAUCAGAACAGUAAAAGGAAGUAAUAAGGAGAAUUCUAGUAAGCAAAUUGAGAAAGAUAAGAGAUUGGUUGAAUAAUUUGAAAAGAUGAGAAAGUUAGAUUAGGAGGUAUAGAGUAUUCUUUUCUAUAGGUAGAAGUCUUGAUAAAAUAAAAUCAAUAAUUAAGAGAAUAGAUAAUAAUGUUGGAAGGAGAUUAUAAUAAAAUAAAGGAGUAAGUAAGAAUGUUAUAGAGAGAUAAAUCUGAAUUAAAAUAGUAAUUAGAUUUUUUAAUUGUUUAAUAGAAUAAAANUAUUUGAACAACUUUUUAUAUUCUAGGUCUUAGAAUUAUAAGAGGAGAUCAAAAUGCUUGAGAGCUAAAAUCUAAAACUUGUUGAAAAAAACCAAAGUGACUUUGUAGAGUGGAAAACUAAGGAAAGAGAAUUUAGGGGAAAAGUUACAAUUAUAAUUAAGUAAGAACUCAAGAAACCCCAAGGAAAGUUAGCUUCUAUAAAGGCAGAAUUAGAUAUGCAAUUAAUAGUUAUCCAAUAACUAACUAAAAGAUGGUAAUACUUUUAAAUUAGAAUAAAGGAUUAAAAAUUAGCAGUCAGACCAAAAUGAUUUAAAAUAAAUCAAUGAGAAUUUGAUUUAUAAUGAAAACUUACUUAUUUUGGAGAAGGAGUAACUAUAAAAUUAAGUAAAAGAUUUAGAAGAAGAUAAGAAACAGAUAUAAAACAGUUUCUUUGAUUAAAAUAAUAAACGCAAUAAAGAAUUAGAAAUAUUGAGAGAACAUCUUCAUAAAUAUUAAGGUGAGAUAGUUUAAAGAGAAAAAUAAAUGAGAAAUUUAUCAAGUUUAGAAUAGCAAAUGGAGAAUAAGAUUAAAAUAAAUGAGGAAGAGGUUGAGGUAGUAAAAAGAUAAAAAGAUUAUUUAUAAAUUGAAAACGAUAGUUUAAAAAAGUAUAAUGAGAAAUAAGUAUAAGAAAUACAAUUUCUAGAUUAAUAAAUAAAUAGUUAUUCUAAAUAAGAUUCUAUUAAAGAUAGAUAAUUGCAAGAUUUACAGAAUAUAAUAAAUGAUGAAUAUAUUAAAGUAGUCACUUUGUAAUAAAAUACUGUGUCACUUUAAGAAAAACUAAAGGAGAUAAAGUUAAAUUUUGAACAUAAAUAUAUUUAUUAGAGAAAAUGA